CGCGGCCCGCGCUGGCGCUGCACUGCAGAGGCUCUGCCCAUGGCGGGCCUGGCCGGAGCGCGGUGGCCAGCGCCGAACUGAGGACUGCCGCCCACCCGUGGUGGCCGGCUUCACGAAAGAGGUCACAGGGCCCACUGGACCCCACCCAUGCCUCCAGUUCAAACUGGAGAAAGAGAACAACAGCAUCAAAUAGAAGACCUUGGACGUCAGGAAGCGAAUUGGAAAAGGUACCUGAAGAAAUGGAUGCUAGGAGAAAACACUGGAAGGAGAAUAUGUUUGCUCCUUUUUUUAGUGCACAGAAUGUUCUAAAUGAGGCUUCUCAGCCUGCAUCUUUUCCUGAACAAAUGACUUUAAAUAAAGUCAAGAGAAUGGAAGGAAUUUAUAAUUUGUCUAGUAGAAAGCUUCAAGAAGAGAAUAAAUGUAAGAGGAAAGAAUUUAUUUUCCAACUAAAUGAAAAAGAACAAGAAUCAAAUAUAAGAGAGAGAAAGAUGAACAUUUCAAAGAACGAAGCAGACAUAAACUCCACCUCUUGUGAAUCAUCUAAUUUGGAUGUUGCAACCGAAGAAAGCUUCAAUAGCACUGAACUCCAUUCCAUCUGGACUACAAAGGAAUUACCAACUCUACCACGACAAGACAAGAAGAUAUUUACCAAAGGAAUGUCUCCAAAACUUUGCCUGAAUCUUUUGAAUGAAGAACUGGAAAAACUCAAUAGGAAGUGCAGAAAAAUAGAAGAGGAAUUUGAAAAUGCCGAAAAAGAACUUUUGAAAACCAAAAAAGAAGUCUCCGCAAAACCCCGAAAUUUUCAAGAAACAGGGAUGGAAACUUUGAAGAAAGACUGGGAACUUCAAGCUUUAGGAAAUGACCUAUCUGCAAAAGCAACAAAUGUCAAAAACUUAACUGUGGAGCUCCAGCAAGCCAAAGAAGUCAUCCACAAGUUGAGCCUAGAGAACAGAGAUUUAAAAGAAACUGUGAGGAAGUUAAAGCGUCAGACUGAGAUUGGAAAUGCACUCCUAGAAGAAGACAUGAAAUUGUAUUAUGAAUUAGAAAUGGAAAAUAUCCACAGAGAGCUGAAUGCCAUCAAGAAUGAACUGAGAGCUGAGAAGACCCUGCAAGCAAGGGACUUGGAGUUGCUUAGAAAACACUUUUCUUCUCUAACGUCAAGUACCCUUGACAGCUUUACAGGGGAUUUUUUUUUAAAACAUAGAAAAAAUUUUCUAAGAGCCUUUCAUUAGGCAAAUCAUUGAGCCAAAUCAGUUUUUUUGUGCUUUCUUUGUGUACUACUGAAAAUGUGUGUAAUGGGAUGUAAUUUUCAUUUUUGGUGAAUCAGGAUAUCUGUAAAAUGUAUAGAUGUUAAUAACUUCAAAGCUUCUGCUAUCUCUAAUGAAGUUAUUGCAAGAGUCCAAAUGGAAAUGAAGCUUCAGAAAUCUCUUUUUUUUUACUGUAUUUCACUCAAACCUGUAGUGAUUUACCAAAUCAUUUAUGAAUAAAUAUCAACAUCCA